AUGAGGGGGAAGAAUACCCGCAAACGAGCCAUUCCUGCCAUAUAUAAGGGCCGUCGCUCGGCCGUUGCUCUCAGGACACGAGGCCAAGAACACAGUGUAGAGGGCACGGGUUUGCCUGAAGGGUCCGGUGAAGAUCGAUCAGGAUGUCUAACGCUCCACCAUGAUGCUCUCCCACCCUACGGCUACCACCACCACCUCGGCCUGACCCCUCUUACAGCAAAUGCCUUCCCUUUUGUCACGUUCCCCGAGGAAAUUGACAACAAUGCCCGCAAUAUGCUGUGUAUAUACUUUACCCGUCUGAAGAACACCAUGUACCCGAUUGCAAGGUAUUCUCGUUCCGAUUCCUCCUCCAACACGUAUUGGUUCGACUGGACCCAGCUCGACCUAGCAUAUCUCCACUCCAUCCUUUUCACAACGUCCUUCUUCUACGACAACGUUCAAGGACAAACAAGCGAGAGGACGAGAUACCACUCAUAUAGGACUAUUCACGAGCUCAACAAGCAAUUGGCUCACGCGAAAACUGCCGUGACUGAGUCGACAACCACUGUGGUCAUGGCUAUAGCUCUGAUGGCAGGAUGCUUUGGGGAUACAGCUUCUGCCCAUAUGCACAUGAUGGGCCUUAAACGGAUUGUCGAGCUGCGCGGCGGCAUAGAGUCGUAUUCAAGUUACCCCCUUCUACAAGCAAAGCUUAGCCGGGCUGGUUUGGUCUACAGCUCCUGCACCGGUGCCGAGCCUGUAUUCUGUGAAGGAACUCCCUCUUACGACUCGGCGUUUGAUCAUUUGCCUGAGCUCAUUCAACUCAAGCCUCUAGAUGCGACUUGCGUUUCCCGCUCACGUGCUCUUGUACGCACAUUAGACAGGAGACUCUACAACGCAUUCAAAGACGUUCAAUGCCUCUCGCGCCUCAUUAACGACAGCUACAACUCCGGCCAUAAGAUACCCGAGAUGGCCCUCGAAGGGCUGUUGACGUCCGUCCAGGCCCGGCUGCUCUCGCUGCAGUUUGACAACCGUGGCAAUAACACGGCCGAGCUCCUCCGGUUGUCGCUUGUUGCGUACUUGACGACCGUGUUCUGGAGUCUCCCGGGUCUGAAGUUCGACUACCCGCACCUGGCCGCCCAAUUCCGGAAGGUCUGUCUCGGCUUUUCGCCUACCGCCACCGGAGAAGGAGAGUGUUUCGCCUGGGCUCUGACGGUGGGAGCGAUAUCGUUGUUCAACGGCCGUGACCGGGACUGGCUCCUACAGAUACUACACCCCCUCAUCCGAGAUCACCUGGGAACGACGUGGGCUGAGGUCAGGAAGAGUCUGGGUCAUAUCAUGUGGAUUGGAAGUAUCCACGACGACUUGGCGUCGGAGGUGUUUCGCAGCUAUCUCGAAGACACUGGUACAGGGGAUGCAGUUGCUGUUGAGUGA